AAAAUGGAGCACCACAACCAGAAAUUGAACGCUGACAGUUAUCUGCAUAAGAAGUUCACCUCGCAGAAACGCAAGCGUGAUGUGGAUUUGAUUCUGGAGCAGAACAAGGAAAAUAUUACGCAAGAUGCACCUGCCUGCAAAAGACGCCAGUUAAAUGGCUUUUUCCGACCUUGGCUGGACAACGAGCAGAAUAUUGAAACCAGCAACCAGAAGACCAGCCCCACACCAAUCCCACCUGUGAGCAGCACAUAUCACGCCAACAUGGUUCGACGCAACCAGACACCACGCCAGCGCAGUCCACGGGAGCAGCAGCGUCGCGAUCGCAACACAUUGGCAUGUCUUCUGAGCCGACGAGCCAGACAGGCACAGGACGCCCGCAUGGCGAUGCAGUAUGAGCAAUACCGUGCCCAGCAAGCGGCUAUCUUGGAGCAACAGGUCCGCUUCAGUCUCUACUAUCGUCAUCUGUUGCAGCAGGCGAUUUUCCAGCCAGCUUUCAACGCCUCUGGCAUUGAGCUACCCCCACAGCAGCAAGAAUUUCUACAGCAAAUGGCGUUGUCGCAGCAAUUGAUGAUCUUUGGUACCCAUCAAUGAGACAAGAGUUGUACCCAACUUGAAUUAAGUACCAUGACAGCCAUGUAAUGUGAUUUAGUUAUUAGUUUAAUCUUAGAUUAUUUAUUGUUGACUUUGAAAAUAAAAAUAUCGCAUAUGAAAAUAUAAUAUUCACCGUGGUUACUUAUUUACUGUACUGACUGCAUUAUAACUUGUGCACUUUCAGCAGC